AGCGCCACCUCUGGCCAGAUGCCUCCUGUCACGUGUAAUGGAUUACCCCGAGCUCGCCUUGGACAAAAAAAUAAGCCUACAGUGAAGCAAACGGGCGAAACAGAAAGUACAGAUCUCUGGGGUUCUGUACGCCACCAUGAAGCUGUUGAACUUCUUGAUGAAAGAUGUCACGCACAAAAUCGAGUAUUAUUCACGAUUCUCGCCCUCUCCGAUGUCCAUUAAGCAGUUUUUGGAUUUUGGUAGAGAGAAUGCUUGCGAAAAGACCUCAUAUAUGUUCCUAAGGAAAGAACUGCCGGUUCGUUUGGCCAACACCAUGAGAGAAGUCACUCUGCUGCCGGCCAAGCUGCUAAACCAGCCGUCUGUCCAGCUGGUCCAGAGCUGGUACAGUCAGAGCUUUGAGGAGCUGUUAGAUUAUGAGAACCGGAGUCCAGAGGAUCCUCACACCCUUAAUGAUUUCUUAGACAUCCUGCUACAAAUCCGGAACAGACACAAUGAUGUGGUUCCCACCAUGGCUCAGGGAGUCAUCGAGUACAAGGAGAUGUUUGGUUUCGACCCUUACAUCAGCAGCCAUGUGCAGUAUUUCCUGGAUCGGUUCUACACCAGUCGCAUCUCCUUCCGCAUGCUCAUCAAUCAGCAUACCCUCCUCUUCAGUGACGGCAUCGACCACGCCCAUCCCAAGCACAUCGGAAGCAUUGACCCAAACUGCAACGUGGUGGAGGUAGUGAGGGAUGCAUACGAGACUGCAAAGAUGCUUUGUGAACAGUAUUACAUGACAGCACCUGAGCUGCACAUCCAGGAAUUUAACUGCAAGACCCCUAAUAAGCCCAUCCAGGCGGUCUACGUUCCCUCCCAUUUGUUCCACAUGCUCUUCGAGCUUUUCAAGAACUCCAUGCGAGCAACUGUGGAGCUUCAUGAGAACAACACUGAAGGACUUCCCCCUGUGAAAGCUCUUGUAACUUUGGGAAAAGAAGAUCUCUCCAUAAAAAUGAGUGAUAGUGGAGGGGGUGUACCCUUAAGGAAGAUUGACCGCCUUUUCAACUACAUGUACUCCACAGCUCCGACGCCAGUCCUGAAUCAGAAUUCUUCACAAAACGCUGCUCCGCUGGCUGGUUUUGGCUACGGUUUGCCGAUCUCCAGACUCUACGCACGGUAUUUCCAGGGUGACCUGUGCCUUUACUCUAUAGAGGGAAUAGGAACUCAUGCAGUCAUCUAUCUGAAGGCUCUGUCCAGCGAGUCUUUCGAACGACUCCCGAUCUUCAACAAAUCAGUGUGGAGACAUUACCAGUUAGGGCCAGAAGCGGAUGACUGGAGUAACCCCAGAAGUGACCCACGGGACGCAUCUACAUUCAAAACAAACAAAUAGACUGACACUUUCCGCAUAUCAGUGACAGCCACCUGGAGUGUGUACGCUUAGUUCGAACAGUGAACUGCAGAUUCUGGAGAUUUAGUUACAUCACAAUAUUGUCACUUGUAAUUCAUUAAUCUUGAGUAACUGCUUUAUUUUGGGUCAUCUUUAUAACCGUCAUGGUGGAUUUAGAGGAUAUCCCAGUAUCACUGGGUGUAAAGAUGAGAAUGCAGCUUGGAUGGAAUGGCAGUUUAUCUCCACUCUUCUGGGAUGUUCUGUAGAUUUUGAAGUGUGGUUCAGCAAGUUAGUAAAAGUCAGGUACUGAUGUGGAGACCUGGGGUGCGGUCAGUGAUGUCAGAGCUCUAUAGCAGGUCACUCAAGAUCUUUUACGCCAACCCAUGUAAAGUAGAUCUUCAUGGAGCUGGCUUUGUGCACAGGGGCAUUGUCAUGCUGGAACAAGUUUGGGUCUUUUAGUUAAGGUGAAAGGAAACUACCGUAUCCUAUACAAUUGUGUACCUCCAGCUUACUGGUUACAUUUGGAGAAAAACACCAUAUAUACCUGGAAAAAGCAGCAAUACCUUUGUUGAUAUAGUGUAGCCCAUGGCUUCUUUUUAUGAAAUUGUACAUACAAAGAGACAAUACAUGAUAAAUUCCUUCUGGAAAUGUAGAAA